AGAGAGAGAGAGAGACGUUGCUUUGAUACAAUAGGCUACAUCUACUUUGUAAGUGCUCGUCUUUUUCUUCUCCCUCCCUCAUCUUCUCGUCAUCUCUAGCAGUCAUUGUGUGCGCGAGCCUUCACUCCAUCACCACAGCGGCUGAAGAUCAGCGCUCAGUCCCGCUAUGCGCCUGCGCCACUACCUGAUUUCUGGAAUAUAACACUAAAGUUUAGGUUUUGGAAGAUUUCUGCCCGUUUUCUUUUUUAAAGGUAUUUUGAUGUUACCAACAGAAAUCUCAGGAGGAGUGUGUUUUAGCACAAGUCAGCACUCCAAAGAAAGAAGAAACGGAAUGAAAACAGAGGAAAAUCCAUCAUGUCUUCAGCAGGCUCCAUCUGCCACACCUUACGAGCACGUGGGAGGGGGAGAAGUGUGCGCAGGGUGCGAGUCUCCGAUUGCAGACCGCUUCCUCCUGCGCGUGAAUGAACUGUCGUGGCACGAGACGUGCGUCAAGUGCGCGGUGUGUCGCAGCGCGCUGAGCGGAACCUGCUACAGUCGCGACCGUCUGCUUUACUGCAAACACGAUUACGAGAAGUUGUUUGUGAGGAAAUGCAGCGCGUGUCUACAGGCGAUCAGCCGUUCGGAGCUCAUCAUGCGUGUGCUGGGACAGGUGUAUCACCUGGGCUGUUUCAGCUGCUGUGAGUGUGAACGUCGACUACAGAGAGGUGAUGAGUUUGUGUUGAAGGAGGGACAGCUGCUUUGCCGGGGAGACUAUGAGAAAGAGAGAGAGAUGCUGGCUGCCAUCAGCCCGGCCCCUACUGAGUCAGUAAAGAGUGAGGAUGAAGAUGGUGGUGGCAUCUCUGCCGGGGGAAAAGCUGGGGAUGAUGGGAAAGAGCACAAGAGAUCAAAGAGACCACGUACCAUCCUGACCACACAACAGCGUCGCGCCUUCAAAGCCUCAUUUGAGGUGUCUUCCAAACCCUGCCGAAAGGUGAGAGAAACCCUUGCAGCUGAGACCGGACUGACAGUGAGAGUCGUGCAGGUGUGGUUCCAGAAUCAAAGAGCAAAGAUGAAAAAGAUCGCUCGCAGACAGCAGCAGCAACAGCAGCAGCAGGAACAGGAGCAGAUGGGCGGAGGCAGGAGGGGGCCGAGCAGAGGGGGGCGCCAGAGUAACGAUGACAGCGAGGAUGGCUCCAGCAGUCACGGUCUGGAUGGACUGCUCUCGUAUUCCUCUCUGCCACGCCAGCAACUGUUGGCUUUGGAUCCGAACAUAUAUGCGAGCGAGCAGUUCAGACACGGGCUCACACCGCCACAGCUCGGCCCGGAGCAGAUGCACUCUUAUGACUCAGAGACGGUGUUUCACGACUUGGACAGCGAUGGAAGCCUCAGUCAUCUCGGUGACUGUCUCCUGACGACUGCCGAAGCUGGAGUUCUGGCGGGGCGAAUAGGAAAUCCCAUCGACCGCCUCUACUCAAUGCAAAACUCGUACUUUACCUCGUGACCCCUCGACGAACCGGGUUUCAGGCACCAAAUAGCAACAAA